UACAUGGAGCCACCAAACCUUUGCUUAUUCUUUCUGUUACACAAAACGUCUCCUUAAAUUAAGAGUUUAAAGACUGAUAUCACAACUCAAAAACCUCAGCGGAACCAUGGCCAGUUCUGGUGAAUGGAUGCAGUUUUAUCAGCGAAACCUGGAAGGAGAUUCCGUGCCAUUUUCUGAUGCCACUUUGGUCACAAGAAGUAGCUCAUCCGAGAACAUUUUAGGCCCUGGAAACUUAUGCUCAACAACUUCUGAGCCAUUGAACCCGAAAGGGUGUGUGUCGAAACCCGUUCGGAGACGAUCGAGAGCUUCGAAGAAGACUCCGACGACUCUCCUCAAUGCCAACGCUAACAAUUUCAGAUCCCUGGUGCAACAAUUCACAGGUUGUCCUAGCUCUGCACCCUUUUCAUUUGGGAGCAAAAAGGGGCCAGUCAACCUGAGUUUUGGCCUUGGAAAUGAACAAAAUCAAAGGUAUCAGACUUAUGGGACGGCUGCUUUUGGCGGCAAUCAGUUCUAUUCACCAACAGAUAAUCAACAGCCACAGCAAUUGAAACGACAGGCUCAGAUAUGGCAACAGCAACAACAUCAUCAUCAUCAUCAGGGACAAUUAUAUCAAGAACAACAACAAUCUUUGGUGUCUUUUGAUCAUCAAAAUGUUCAUAAUGAAGCUUUUUUAAAUUCUAGAGUUAAUAAUAACAUAGAGAUUCCUGAAGGAUUCAGCUUGGAUGAUAUAGCUUUCAAUGAGCUUGGCAGGGAUGCUUUUGCAAAUCAAGAAAGUCACUUCUUGUAAGGAAAAUUUAGUGAUCCAAUUAUUGAAUCAUUUUUUUUUUCUUUCCUCUUCAUCAAUAUGUAAAAUCAAA